AUGGAGAUUACAACUCUCAGCAUCCGACUUUUGACUGCUAUUUUAGUGAUGAUGGCCGUACAAGCUGACCACAGUAACUUUGCUGGUGCAGUUUUUGCUCGCAUUGUUCCAGACAGGCGUCAGUUCUUUGAAUACGAUAAUGUCUCUGUACUUUGUGAGGAAGAUAAUGGCAUCAGUGAAUGGAGCGUGAAGUGGAAAUCCCAUAAAAUAACAAACUCUUCCCUCCCAUUAAACAUAUCAGCAUCACCCUGCACAAUUUAUCCCAUCUUUAAAAGACACAGUGGAGAAUACUGGUGUGAAAAUGAAAAGGGAGAACGAAGUGAGGUUGUGAACAUUUCUGUCACUGCUGGUUUUGUAAUCUUGGAAAGUCCAACCAUCCCCGUGAUGGAGGGAAAUGAUGUGACCCUUAAUUGCACAAACAAGCAAACUCAGUCAGAACACAUAACUGACUUCUACAAAGAUGGUGUUUCUCUCGGGACCUGGUAUCAAAGCAGCAUGACCAUCAAAAAUAUCUCCAAGUCUGAUGAAGGACUCUACAAGUGCAGCAUAUCAGGAGCUGGAGAAUCACCAGAGAGCUGGUUAGCUGUUAUAAAACAAAGCAAAGUGCCUCACAAAGAGACUGAUCUUUCACACAGUCAUGUCCCUAAAAAAGACAUUCUGCUGUGGACCGUUAUCUGUGCUUUAUUGGCGGCUAUGUUGCUGCUGCUGGUGGGCCUACUUCUUCAUAAGAGGCACAAAGUAUCAGCCUGUUUUUCAUCAGUACAGGUUUCACACUCAGAGGAAGACAACACCGGCCAGCAAGACAAGAACACCACUGCGGUAUAUGCCGUGGUCAGAAAGCAAAGGAAAAAGAAAAAUGGAGACACUUCCACUGAUCCAGACGAUGUCCUGUAUGCCACUGUUAAAAACCACUGGAUGAAAAAAGAGAUGUCAUCCUCUAACCUGUUUAACUUACCUGGAGCUAAUCCUUGGCAAUCUACGGAGGGUACUUAUGACCAGCAUCACCAUCUCUUCAGUACCAGUUCAUCAGCUUACCCAUUUCCCCUGUCAAGCUACUGCUCCACUUCACAGCUGUGCUCACCAUUCAGAUGCUGGUCAAACUCUUACUGGAUUCACACCACCGAACUCCAUGUUCUGUUUCCUUGGAUGGAUAUCUGCGCCACAUAUACCUGCCUGCCUCCCUGCCACCGACAUUCAAAGGGAACUCUGGAAUUCAGGUCAUACACCUGGACAUACAGGUUUUGAUUCCACUCACGGGCACAGGGAGGACAGAGAUGGGGCAGCGGGGGAUUCUCUGGCUGGAGCGGCAUCUAAUAACGAGUUUGCAAAAUAAAACAAAUAUUUUUUAACCCUUAGAUGCAA